AUGCUAUCUUGUGUAACGAGGAGAUUUGCGAUGCGUGCCCCUCGUAUUGGGCAGCGGACGCUGUGCAGUUCGCGGUUACUGUGGGAACAAGCGAAGCCGCCCGUGAGGAAGACUAUGGCGAGGACACUCGCUGAGGUGGACGGUGAGGAGACUUUGGUGGGUCCCGGUGCGCGGCCGGGGACUGUCCCCACCGACUUGGAGCAAGCUACUGGGCUGGAGCGUCUGGAGUUGCUCGGGAAGCUGGAGGGGAUCGACGUGUUCGACACGAAGCCGCUCGACGCGUCGCGGACGGGCACGCUCGCGGACCCGAUCCUCGUCGAGUCGUACGACGACUACCGGUACGUCGGGUGCACUGGGAGCCCCGCAGGGUCGCACACCGUGAUGUGGCUGAAACCGACCGUGGGCCAGGUGGCGCGCUGUUGGGAGUGCGGGUCCGUGUACAAGCUGAACCCCGUGGGUGUGCCAGAUCCUAGCCACAGCCAUUGA